GAGGAGGAGCCGGAGCCGGAGCCGGAGCCAGCGCCAGCCCCAGCCCCUGCCCCUGCCGGGGGAGGCAGGAGCGGCGCGCAGGGAACAAAGGAGCCGGGCGCAGGCAGCGGCGCCCAGAAGCCUCGGCGCCAUGAAGCUGAACGAGCGGAGCCUGGUGUUCUACGCCACCUGCAGCUCCCCCGCCGACCACGCCGGCUUCCUCUUCAAGAAGGGCGAGCGGAACACGGCCUACCACCGCCGCUGGUUCGUGCUGAAGGGCAACAUGCUCUUCUACUUCGAGGAGCGGGAGAGCCGGGAGCCGGUGGGCGUGAUCAUCCUGGAGGGCUGCACCGUGGAGCUCUGCGAGGCCGCUGAGGAGUUCACCUUCGCCAUCAAGUUUGACUGCGCCAAGUCGCGAACCUACGUCCUGGCGGCCGAGAGCCAGGCUGCCGUGGAGUCCUGGGUCAAGGCCCUGUCGCGUGCCAGCUUCAACUACAUGCGGCUGGUGGUGAAGGAGCUGGAGAAGCAGCUGGAGGAGAUGCAGGGGAGCCUGGCUGGCAGCCGCAGCGUCCAAAGGAGGUCACCGAUUUACCGGAAAACCAAGCCGGCGCUCUGCUUGGACCCCACGUCUCCAGCUCUGGAGCUGCCAUCUCCCCGGGAGCGGCCCAUGGCGCCAGCGCCUUGCGCCCCCCUGAAAGAGAACGGCUGUGCGGUGUGGAAUAACGCUCCGUGCCUGGAUACCCUGCCAGCGGGGGACGUCCCCGGGGGCCUUGCUGACGCGGGGAGUGGGAGGACGGCUGCAGGCAGCAGCCACGAGGGACGCGUGAAGCCUCCUCCUUUGCCGCCUCGCAGACGCACCUCGUCAGGCAAUACCUGUGGCCCUGCGGCCCUGCCGGCAGACAGCCCAGGGUGCCCAGGCACGGUGAGUUUCUCCAAGCUCCACGACUGGUACGGCAGAGAGAUCACCGAGCUGAGGAGAGAAUGGCUGGAGAGCCCGGAGAGCCACAAACUGUGACGGAGGCUCUGGUGGGGGCGGCAGGGGGCUCAUUUGGAAACACUAACUAAGCCAUCUCUGAAGUCGGCCUGGCUGCGAGUGCCGUCUGAGACGCCGUCACAUGCUGCCGAUCCGUCAGCGGGAUGGGGAACUCCUGCACGCUGGGAACUUUGCCUGCCUGGUGUCAUGUGCCCGGCUCCAGCAGCGAUCCCGUGGGUCGCUGAGUCUUGUCUUUCCAUUCCCACCGGCGGCUUUGAUCUGGACGUGGAGACUGUUUUGAACUCUGCCCCUGGAUUUAGGUACCUGACCUGCUGCACCCAAACCUGACCCGCCCAUUGCUGGCAAUGGACUUCAUGGCACCUUGGAGAUGAUGAGCUCUUCUGAGCCAAAGCGGCUCUGUGUCCAAACCCCUGAGGCCAGUGUCGAUCACUGAAAGUCAUUUCCUGCACUAACACGGGACUUGGGUGCGUGCUGGUCCAGCACCACAGCUCGGGAGGGACCCGCUUGGGGUUCUGAAAGCGUGUGUCAUUGCUUGCAGACGGCCUCUGGUCUUCCUCAAAUUAGUCUAGUGUCUGCCAGAGCACCCGGCCAGCUAGAAUCGCUGCUUCCAGGUGGGAUUUCUCGCCCUCUCGGUUUUGGAGACAGCAGCUGCUGAAAUCGCAUCAGCGUGGAAGUAGAAGGAAGAAAGUGAUCGAAAUAAUGUGAUUUUUUUUACAAUCUGAUACCUUGUGACCUGUUGCCACUUUCCAUGAUGCCACCAGAAAGCUGGGACCCCAUUUAACGUUGGCCUAAAUAAUUCUUUCUUGCCCUCCUGGUUUGUGCGUACAGGACCUUUAAAAAUAUCGGCCUGCAUUAAUUCCUUUGGCCUAUCAAUGCUAUUUUGGCACUGAUCCAGGAUGGAUUAUAGAUGGGUAAUUCUUAGUUCCUGGUUUGUGCCUAGUUCAUUCUAGGCCAGUGGUUUUCAACCUGUCGUCUAUGGACCCCUGGGAGCCCACAGACUGUCUAAGGGGUCCGGGAAAUGUUGUCAUUACCAUAGGUGGUUUUCAACCUGUGCUCCGUGCUGCAGACCCCUUAAGAUUUCCAAAACCGUCUGCAUCUCCAGGCACCAUUUUUUUUAGGGGUCCUUAAAUGAAGAAAGGUUGAAAACCACUUGUCUAGGCCAAAGAGCAGCACAAGUCUUGGUGUGAAUAUUUGUUCUAGGUCUGUUCUGUUCAGGAUUUAAUGUUUUUGGUCUGGGCAGAAAGAAGGUCAAACAAUGCCACCAUUCCUUGGUUUUCCACGUGAAAAUCAGCCGAGCAGGAUAAAAGCAUUUGUUCCUUAGAGAACACAUAAUUCCUUCUUGAAAUUAUAAUCACACCACACAGCCAGGAGAGAAGGUGCUUUGCUAGAAUAUAGAGUUUGUUUUUCCCUUAAGAAAGGUCUUCACCUAGCUCUCCUGCUGUGGUAGCUGUUGCUCUGGUCCUGGUGGCUGACGCGGCCUCGACCGCUGCUCCUGCACCGCCAGGGGUCACCCAGCCGUGGCCUACGCUCCGGGGGCUCACCCAGCCCUGGUCUGUGGCCCUGGCAGCCACUGCUCCGGUGGCCCCUGGCCUGGCCCUAGGGGCUGCUCCUGCCCAAGUCUUAGAAUCCGUGACAGAAUCAGAUCCUUAGUGAUUGCUGAACAUCCUACCCCGAGAAUUACAUGGGAAGAUUUCCGUGAAGUGAGUAAUUCUCUGCUGUAAGUGGCUGCAGCACCGGGGCUUCGGUUUGGAGCAGAACCACAUUGCUUGGGCAGUGGGGUCCUAGUCCAGGACAAGGAUUCCUAGGCACUACGGCAAUAGAAAUAGUAAUUAGUAUUAAUAAGUGUCUGCUUGUGUCUGAAUGCGUUGUAGCAAUGAACACCGCAGGGCUAUGGGGAGGGAAGCGCAACAUGAAUUUCAAUGUAAAUCUUCACCUUUUCCAAGCGAAUUUCAAACCAGCUUCUGUAAUUUAUACAGGAAAUGCAGAGCAGCUCAGUGAUUCAGUACCCAGAAAGGCACUUGCUCAUGGAUAUAAAUUUAGCUUGCAAAGAACUGAAAAAUCUGGUACAUUUUAGCACAGUGAGGAACUGAAGGCUUCUGAUGUGUCCUUUUUUUUAAAACGUUUCUUUUAUUGCUGAAAUAUUUUGGGUUUGUACAUUUUUAAUUUUUACUCUCUCCUGUCAGUUACAUUGUGGGACAACGUCUCCAUUGAAGAGAUGCAUAUAUUAUUGCAGCCCCUGGCUCGCUGAGUGAUGUCCAGUUCUUGGGAAUAUUUUAUACUCCUAAGACGGCCUAAAUAUAAAAUGACCUCUCUGACCAUAAGUGCUAAGGUCAUUUCUGUGGACCUUGUUUUGUGUUCCUUGUAUGUACUGUAUAACAUGCCACAGACUCACUGCUGGGUCAGUGUGUGUGUGUGUGUUAAUUGUAAUACUGAAAAGUUAUAAGAUCUUUCUUUAAAAAAUAUUAUUUUCCUCUCCAGCCCGUCAUGUGGGUGAACUUUAAAUCCGUUCUCCCAGGGAAGGAAUGCUAGCAUUUGUAUGCUUGUCUUACCAAUGACGCAUGCCCCUACCAUACUUAACACCGAGUUCUCCUUGGUACAGAAUCGACUCCAGGGAGGGAUUCAUUGCCAAUCCCAGCAAGCAAUGCUGGCUGAGAUCUGCUUUUGACCUCACCAUCUUUGACAGCAGUUAGGUAGGCGAGUGCAAUGGAAAAUACCUCAUUCACGGGGCAGGGAAGCCAGGCUGACCUUGCAAUAGGUCAGAAAAAUCAACCCUGGUUGUGUCAGUCUCUGUGCUGACAACUCUGACUACUUCCGCAUACAAACUGCUUCGUGGGAAAUCUGCCUCUUCCUAAUGUUCUCAGUUUCCAGGGACAUUAAAAAUAGACGAGAGGAGCCAGACUCUUGCACUAGAUAAAUGAGGUUUCUUAGGACUUGACAAUUCCAUCUGGACAGAAAAUCACCAUUAACUUUACCCAGCAGGAGUGAAAUUCUUUCACAGUGAACUAGAGCAACCUGGCAGAACUGCAGAAGAGCUUUACUUUGAUCAUUUCGCAGUCUACAGUGGUUGGCAUCGUGUGUACAGUCUCUGCUCAUUAGGAGUCAUUAAACUCACAGAGGCAACUUCAUCCCUGCAGUAACGCCAGGGAACGCUAGUGGAGUUACCCCCCAGCAUGAAUUUGGCCCUGCGGAUGCACAUAUUGUAAUGUAAGAGGCGAGCUCGCUUUUAGACUGGGCAAGGGUUUUAAAAAAGAAAUGAUCCUUCCAGCAUUACAGCCCAGAGAGGUUGCCAAAGGCUUCUGCAUACUGGAAAAUACUGCAUGGAAUCGAACUUGUAUGACGCUUGACUGCCUUGGAGUAACGACCAAUGGCAGGGAAUGAAAAUUCUGUGAUUCUCACUGCAAUGCGCGCGGGGUAAAUACCUGGCUAGGCAGAAACAGCUGCAUGCUACAGGCUUCAAAACCUCUGAACGUGUUAAGCAUCCCAGCACCAGUUGUCUUUAAGGGGAAGUAUCCCUGAAACGCUGAGGGGGAAAAUUCUCUUGCUUAUUCAACAGGAACACAUUUGUCAGACAGAGAAUGAUACCAUCGGCGAGACGUUGAAUGAUUCAUGUGCUGGGUCAAAGCUCUCUCUGUGUGUGUGUGUGUGUGUGACUCUUAUUUAUCUUACACACAUUUUAUAAACACUAAGACAACCCAGCCAUGUUUUACUGGAUUAUCUCCUCCUAAUUCUCCAGAUGGAUUGUGUUGCAUUUUAUCUAUAUGUAGGCCUGGCCUUUUCAUUUUAUGUUUCAUGUUACUGCACCUUGA